CCGGAAGUUCUGCUAUCCAUGUGGUCACAGCAAAAUGGUGAAGCACAAGAAAAAGUUUGAGAGUGGUGCAGCUACGGCAUAUGUGUCUAGAAACCGGGCACUGAAAAAAUUACAGCUGUCAUUACCAGAUUUUAGGCGACUAUGCAUCUUAAAGGGCAUUUACCCCCAUGAACCCAGGCAUAAGAAGAAGGUGGGGAAGGGCAGCACAGCCCCUAAAACCUACUAUUUUUACAAGGACAUACAGUUCAUGGCACAUGAACCUAUCAUACAAAAGUUUAGAGCAUUUAAGAUUUUUGUCAGAAAACUGAAGAAGGCUCUUGCUAAAAAUGAAUCUGAUAAAGCAAUGCGCCUUAGAAACAACAAGCCCAAAUAUCAGCUGGACCAUAUUAUCAAAGAAAGGUACCCUACCUUCAUUGAUGCUAUACGAGACUUAGAAGACUGCCUGUCUAUGUCAUUUUUGUUCUCAACUUUUCCUAAGACUAGAAAGACUCACUCAGAAAUCAUACACUUGUGUCGCAGACUAACAGUGGAGUUCAUGCAUUAUGUUAUUGCUUCUAAGUCAUUGAGAAAGGUAUUCAUUUCCAUCAAAGGAAUAUAUUUUCAAGUGGAGAUUUUGGGUCAAACAAUAACUUGGGUUAUUCCUCACAAAUAUGGUUAUGAUCACCCUGAAGACGUAGACUACAAAAUCAUGGCCACCUUUGUGGAAUUUUACACCACAAUGCUUGGUUUCAUCAACUUCAAAUUGUACAAUUCCCUUAAUUUGCAUUACCCUCCAAAGCUUUCAUUAGAAACUGAGCCAGUUACAAGUGAAGAAAAAGAUGCAUGUUCCGAGGCUGAGAGACUGGAGGAGAGAUUGGCAGCUAUGACCCAGACGCUGAAGUCAGUGGUUGAUGACAGCCAGGAAGAGGAGGUGGAGAUGGAUGAGUUUCCAGCUUCACAGUCAGAUGAUCCAGAUAUUAUAGAGCAGGCAAAGGUGGAGCAAGAAAAGCUGAAAAAAUUUCAAAAUCUAUUCAAAGGCUUAAAGUUCUUUCUAAAUAGGGAAGUUCCAAGAGAAACACUUGUCUUUGUUAUAAGGUCAUUUGGAGGUGAAGUGUCCUGGGACAAAACUGUGGCAGUUGGUGCUACCUACUCUGAGACAGAUGAGACAAUAACUCACCAGAUUGUGGACAGACCAAAUGUUGCAAAGCAGUACUUAUCUAGGUAUUAUGUUCAGCCCCAGUGGUUAUUUGACUGUGUGAAUGCCAGGAAGUUGCUUCCUGUGGAGGAUUAUUUCCUGGGAGCUAUACUGCCACCACACCUGUCUCCUUUUGUGGAAGAGGGAGAGGACGAUUAUGUGCCGCCAGAAAGGCUUGAGGCACUGGAAGAAGAUUCAGGUGUCAAUGAAGAUUCAGAGGAAGAGGAUGUAGAGGAAAAUGAUAAUGAGGGAGGAGACGAAUCAGACGAGGAUGUUGAUGAAGAGGAGGAAGAGGAAGAAGAUAGUGAUGUGGAGGAGGAUGAGGAUAGUGAGGAGGAAGAUGCUGCUUUAAGAAAGCAAAAGAAAAGGAAGUUGCAUGAUGUAGAAAUAGACCAUAUGAAGAGAAAGAAACGAGAAAUGAAGGUCUUGAAUAUGUCUGUAGAAGCAGGAACUGUUGAGACAGAUGAUGUGGAGAAAAAACUAAAAAAACAGACAGACGAGGAAAGAAAACUGUCAGAAAUGAUGAUUCCUAAGAAAAAACGCAGACUUUACAACAAAAUAAUGUAUUCUAAGAAAAAGAAAGCACAGGAGGUCAACAAGUUGAAACAGAAACGUGAGGCAUAUGAUAAAGCUCAAAAAGCAGAGAAAAAGAAGAAGAGAAAAGUUGCUGCAUGAUUCACAAAUUAAAGUCCGGGGAUGCCUUGUUCCAAUUUAUGAGACUGAAAAUAUUGGAGAGUGAUUGUUUUGUAGGCCUGCAACUAAAGAAAUUUCAUGUAUCCCCAUUGGUAUUCAUGUAUCCAUGGAAUUAUCUUUUUAAGUGUAAAUCUUAAAUGAAAGGACUGUCAUAUGGUUCGCAAAAUCAUUACAUUAUCCUAUGGUGUCGUAAAAGCAAAUGAUUACGAUUUCGUUCAAAGAAUAGGGAAACAGAGGAGAGACCAAUCCAAAUGGUUCAACGUAUGUGAAACUGUGAUGCUGAAAAGAAAAUAGUUUUAAGUUUUCAUGAAGACAUAAAAUUAUAUUGAACAAAUGUGUAGAACUACUCAAACCUUACAUGUUCUUUGCGUCAUGUUGAAUAUUACAGAAAAUGUCAUUUAUGUUAUCAGGAAGAAAGAUUGCAAGGGAGCUUGCGAUUGGUGUACACAUUAACAUUUUCACAUCAUUUAGUCAUGCAUGUAUAUAUGGGAAUCUGAAUAAAUCGAUAUCCUCUUAC